CCAAAGACUGCGUUGAUUGAUAGCUGUGUGAGCGUUGAUUGAAAGCUUGGAGGAGAAAUGACGGCCACCCCCGGAGCUUUCACUGGGAACAUGAAGAAAGCACUUGCUGGCCUGAGGCGUAUCAAUUUGGAAGGUUUGCGGUGGCGAGUAUUUGAUGCCGAAGGUCAGGUCCUUGGGAGGUUGGCUUCCCAAAUAUCCACUGUGCUUCAAGGCAAGGAUAAGCCCACAUACACACCUUACCGCGAAGAUGGUGAUAUGUGCAUUGUGCUCAAUGCAAAAGAUAUCUGUGUCACAGGGAGGAAACUGACUGAUAAGUUUUAUCGUUGGCAUACUGGGUAUGUUGGCCACCUCAAGGAAAGGAGUUUAAAGGACCAAUUAGCAAAGGAUCCUACUGAAGUUAUUCAAAAAGCUGUCCUACGGAUGCUUCCACGAAAUAAAUUACGUGAUGAUAGAGAUCGAAAAUUGAGGAUAUUUGCUAGCAGUGAGCACCCUUUUGGUGAUCGUCCCCUUGAACCUUAUGUGAUGCCUCCUCGGAAGGUACGAGAGAUGCGGCCUCGUGCAAGGCGAGCAAUGAUUCGAGCUCAGAGAAAAGCUGAACAGCAGCAACAGGGAGCUGCAGAGACCAAAAAAAGCAGAAAGAAGGGGGAAGCAGAAUCUGAAGUGAGGGUAUGAAAAUUAUAAAAUGGUUUCUUUUUAUUAAAUGUUAGGGAUUCAAACUUUUCAUUUCAAGUUUAGUUUUUCUUUGCAAGAUCUUGCAUGAGCUGUUGAAAGACAGUGAUUGAGCUACCCUCUUGGAUGCUCGAUGACUCAAUAACUU